UCUGGCAGUUUCCUGUCAGACUGUUUUCAGAAGUGUGUGUGUAAACACACACCCAGAGCAUCACUACAAAGAAGUGCUCCGUCUUGCCAUUCAGGAACAUUAAGAAUAACACAAAUACACUGCAGAAGACAGGAUGAAUUUGCACCAAACAUUGCUCUGGAUGUGUUUAGUCACCUUUGUUUGGUUGACUAAACAUAUGUCACACUCCAUCACCGUAGCAGGCACGUCAGUGGAUCCUCCAGAAAACAUAACGAUCAUCGAUCCAGGUCAUCUGGGUUACUUGAACAUUGAGUGGAGUCGACCAGGCAGCCUGCAUGACCUCACAAACUGCACUGUUCGCUACCAGCUGCGCUUUUAUGACACAUACACAGGAAGAUGGAAGGGUGUGCGGACAUCCAAGCUCUUCUAUGCAGCCCAGUUUAACCUGGAGAAACCCAUUGAGGUGCGGAUGCUCACCCUACUGAAGGGUUCAUGCACCAAUGGGACAGACAUUCUGGGAGAAGAAGUCAAGCUUGUGCACAUACCUGAACACAAAGGUGUGGCUGGGUCAAGAAUAAGGGAUUUCCACUGCGUUUAUUUUAACAAGGAGUACAUGGAGUGCACAUGGGAGCCUGGAACUGCUGAGCCCGCUGACUCAAAGCACUACCUCUAUUACUGGCACAGGGAAAUGCAAGAAGCACAGGAAUGUCCAGAGUAUGUCCCAUCUUGUGAGCACCGCAAAGGAUGUAGAUUCCCUCCUGUGUCUCUUUUGGAUUUUUCCGAGUUUAACAUUUGCGUGAAUGGCUCUUCAGAGGCGGGAGAUCUAGAGACGGCCUUCUUCUCCUUGGCGGUCCAAAACCAUGUCAAACCUGCGGCAGUGUCGAAUCUGCAUAUGGCUCAUAAGGACACCCUGGUGCGUCUAGAGUGGGCCCAUCCAUCAGGUCCCAUUGCAGAGCAGUGUCUGGAGUAUGAGCUUGAAAUAACCACAGUGAACCAGAAUGGCAGCAAGCAACAGACGGUUGUGAUCGAGGAGACAGUGCUUGAUUUCCACCAGGAUGGUCAAACCAAGAGAAACUGCUUCCGGGUCAGAUCUAAAGUGAACAUUUACUGUGCUGAUGAUGGCUUCUGGAGUGACUGGAGCCAACCAAGAUGCAUUCCAGAGACUGAACCAGAAAUAAAUCUGAGUCCUUUGCUACUGAUCACCAUUAUAGCCAGUCUUAUUGUUUUGGUCGGCACCAUCUGCCUCAUACUAUGGAUGCUCGGAAAGUUGUGGAAGAACAGAAAUGAACAGAAACAUGUUUUCCAUGCCCUGUACCAGGAGAAGGUCCAGAAGGUGAUCCCGCCCAUAUUCAACCCUGUGCUUUAAAUACUCAUGUCUCAAACAGUUGCACAUGGACACUGCAGCAUGUGCAAAUACAUUCAGACCCUCUGUCAGUUCCUCACCAAUUUGUUUACAGUACUGAACAAUUUGAGUCUGGACACUGGUUUUUUCAAGAUGCACAAUGGAACAUGUCGUAGAAAUCCUGCACCUUUUCACAGAGCCUGUAGUCACACUCUGUGAAAAUCAAAGUAUCUUUGGCAGCAUAGCACUACCAAACAGUGUUUCCUUUCUGAAUGUAUUUUCUAUGUUGUUUACUUAUUUUCAUUCAAAUACCGUACUGAUAAAUAUAAAGUUACUCAUUAAAUGCCAGAAUUCUUGCCAAACUUUAAACAAUGUACACUAUGUUUUACUGAAUAUUUUUACCAUGCUAUUUUUGUUUAAUGAAAUUUAUUGUCUAUUAUUUCACCAGCAACACUGUCUUUUUGAUAAUGUAUCUUUAUGAAUAGGAUGUUCACUGUCUUUUCACUGUCUACAGUUUACAAUUGUAUAUUACAUAUUCAACAUGU